AUUUUUUUUGCUAAAUUUUGGUCCUUGAAUUCAUCUAAUACUGCCAGCGGCCCUUUUUAUAAAACACCCGCGGAUCUUUCUCGUUCUUUCUGUUUUGUUCCCGAGCUCUCUCACAUGGUUUUUGGCGCCAUCGUUUCUAGCCGGUCCUAGCGUCUUGGUGUCUGGCCAAGCGCGCAGAGCACAGCAGCCAAUCAACGCGUCUGAGGCAGGACUCCACUUCAUCUUCUGUCGCAUAUGCUUACAUCGUCCUUUUUUCUAAUCGAAACUGGAAUACUCUCGAAUUUUGUACCAAUAUAUACCUUGUAGUUUUCAAUAAAUUUGCCCUUUUACCAUCCACACUUGUCCUUACGUUGGCGUCAUUUCGGUUGGCUUCGUAUUUGUGUUAUGUAGUUUAAACUAGUUAUGCCUGGGAAGUGCUAUUUUAUUACCCAAUGGAUGGAUAAUCCAGCUUAUAAAGAACAUUGUCUUCUUAUGUGGUCAAAGGGGAUGUGCUUGAUGCUGAAAUUCUCUGGAGUCUCAAGUGCAUCACUAGUAAUUAUUCAUAUAACUCCUGUGAAGGGGUUAGUACAUUGUUCUCCAAAAUGUUUGCUGAUGGCUGUAUAGCGAAACAAUUUUCUUGUGUUGCCACAAAGUGCGCCUAUGUGUGCUCCUUUGGAUUGGCACCAUACUUCAAAGGGAUUCUUAUAAAUGAGCUGAAGAAUGUUGAUUGCUACACUGUACUCUUUGAUGAGACGUUAAACCAGUCUCUACAAUCUAAGCAGAUGGACAUGAUGGUAAGGUAUAUGGGAAUUGAUAAUAAAGUUUGCACUAGGUGUCUUACCUCCCAAUUUAUGGGUCAUGGAACUGCAGAAAAUAUUUUGUCCUCUUUUUACAAAUGCAUGAAUGAUGGUUUAAGGCUCUCUAAAAUACUUCAAUUAUCCAUGGAUGAACCCUAUAUCAAUUGGAAAUUCUAUGAGAUGCUUCAAUGUGAAUUAAAGGAGGAAUAUUCCCACCUGGUCAUAUCCAUUGGCAGUUGUGGAUUACACAUAAUGAAUAAUGCUUUUAAACAUGGUGAAAAUGCCACUUCAUGGCAUAUUAAUGAAAUUCUUUCUUCUCUUUAUUGGUUGUUUCAGGACAGCCCUGCAAGGACUUCUGACUUUUUGUCACUGUCUUCACUUAAAAAGAUGCCAUUAAAGUUUUACAAAUGUAGAUGGCUCGAAAAUAUCCCUGCAGUAGAAAGAGCCAUUGAAAUAUGGUCAGAUGUUGAAUCGUAUGUAAAGUGUGUAGACAAGGGGAUGUUUAAUGUUUUUUUUUUGGUUAUAGCAAAAAUAUAAAACCUUUUCUAAAGACCUACCAGAGUGAUGCACCUCUUUUACCAUUUUUCUCUGAAGAUACACUUAAUACAAGCAAGCAGUUAGUUCACUUUUUUUAACGUUUAUAAAAAAGAUACCAUGGAAAAUUUUUCAAUUGCUGCAGAGCUUUGCAAGUUUGAUUUUUCCAAUGAAGUAAAUUUCAAUCUAGUGAAUGAGAUAACCUUAGGAUUUGUUGGGGACAGUUGUGUUUAGCAGCUUUUGAAAAGAAACAGUUUGCUCUCAAAAGAUGUGUUUAAUGUCCGCAUAGAAUCCAGAA